UGCGACAACGGGGACAUGCGCUUGCGACGACGCAUUUGUUCUGCACGGCACUAUUUCUGUCCACAACCAGGCUGAGGAACUCCAGAACCAGGUUUUCGCGGAGCAGAGCAAUUCCAAAAAGAAGCCACAGGUACCCGUUGAUCCGGAGGAAACCGAAACAUCUCUUGCUCGCAGUCUCCUCGCGCGAGGACGCGCGCUGAAGUGUUACAGACUUGCAGAUCUGCCGCAUAUGAUCUGCAGCUGCUCGAGUCAGGACCAGAGCACGCCAGGCACUCAGCGUAAUCGAAAUGAAGAACUCAUCGCCGUUCGCCGCUUGUCCUUCCCCGUGGCCACUCGAAACUCGAGCUGCACUCACCGCUACCACGGACAAUAGCCACCACGUGCUUGACAGUUCCAAUCUCGUCGGGCACCGGCAGACAUACCGCCGCUCAUGCCCAACCAGCGCAAUGCAACACUCUGCUCCAUGUACUCGCCACCGAACCCUACGCCAGACCCUUGGGGCUGCACGGUGUGGCGGUAGCUUUGAACUUGGUCACUGGACCUAGCCGUUGGAAGGCACGACUAUAGCCUGAAGCCGAUCACUAGCUCCAAAAGCGAUGGCCUUGCCGUUGCCCUAGAAUAGUUGUGCAUUUUACUUGACCAUUUGUGCGACAUCCAUCAUGGUCCGGAAUAGAUUGGUGAUUCUCUUUCUUCUCCUCCUGCCAUUUGGUCUGGGGAGCCCCUUGGACGAGAAUACCGAAAUCGGGGCGCAAAAUCGCAACAAACUCAACGACUUCCUCUCCAAACGACAGCAGGCUGGCUCGUGCACGCUCAAUUGCUUCACGAAAGUCUUACCGCAGUUCAAUUGCCCGGAUCUACUUCAAUGCAUAUGCAACGACAAGGCAGUGGCCGCUGCUCUACAGCAAUGCGCCGUCGAGAGCGGAUGCUCGAUCAAGGAAGCUCUGCAAGGGCAGAAAGCCCAGGCGGAAACGUGUGGUUUUCCCAAGCGUAAUCGCGUCAUGGUCUUUACUGUCACCCAGACUGCUCUAUUCACGCUUGCGAGCGUGUGCGCAAUACUACGCCUACUCGCCAGAGGCAAGACCUUCGGGGGAGCUGGAUAUGGCUGGGAUGAUGCGAUGCUAUUCGCGUCAUGCCUUCCCAUGCUCGGUCUGACUGUGGUCGGAUACAUGGAGCAGAUGGCUGGGUUGGGCAGAGACAUAUGGGAACUGGAGUUCGAGCAGAUUGAGAAUGUGCUCAAGCUCUUCUACAUUGGAAAUACGUUCUACUCGCCAGUGGUAUUUGGCACGAAGAUGGCGUUCGUCCUCCUCUAUCUCCGAAUCUGGAAGGACUCAUCAAUUGUAUUUCGCCGCAUAUGCCAGGUCAUCCUCGUUUUACUGGCAAUGGCUACCAUUGGCUUCACAUUCUCAACAAUCUUCCUAUGCCAGCCUGUGUCGUACACCUGGAAAGCCUUAUCUGGACUCAAAGGCACGUGUGUCAAUCGCAACGCUCAGCUGUACUCAAACUCUGCGGUCAACAUCGCAAUGGACGUAAUAGUGUUGCUCUUGCCCGUGCUCAAAAUCCUUCAGUUACGCAUGACCUGGCCAAAGAAGAUCGGGCUUCUUUUCACCUUCUUGGUCGGCUUUGUCACCACCGCGACAAGUGUCAUCCAGUUCUACUACCUCAUUACCAGGCUCAACAGCACCCAGAAUCCAACAUGGGACUAUUUCGACAUCGGAGUCUGGCGCAUCACGGAGAUGUACCUUGGCGUAGUCUGCUGCUGCAUGCCGAUGAUCGCGGGCUUGGUCAAGCGCAGCGUACAACGUGCAUCACAAGCUGUGAGCUUCCCAAGCACUGUCAGCGAAAUGUGGAGUAAGACGAAGAAUCUCAUGACGACGACGACAACGUCUUCAAAGAGCAGAAUGGACCCGAAACUCACUGCCAAUGUCACGCUUACCGGCAGUCUGGGAUUGAAUAGCUCAUGGUUGCACUUGAAAGCCGACAAUACACCUGCAUCGGAACAGAGCGUGGAGUUGAGAAACUUCACUACCAGGAACAUUGGAGACAGCAUCGGAGAUCAUCCUGAAGGUUCUCAACCAACUAGGGACGGCCACGUCUCCGCCAUGAGCGAUGCAACAACAGCAGUGACAUCAAAUGGUCCACUCUCGCUGUCCACGACCCGCAAUCGCGAUAGCGCGGUACGUCAACAGCAGUGGGAACUUUACCAAAAGGAGCAUCCCGUCAGAUCAAAGUCGCGUACGCGGCGACGAGGAUACUCUCUUCCGUACAGAGAGCAAAAUAUCAUGUCCUUGUCUUCGCCGUAUGAGGACAUGAAAUCUCGAAUAUCCAGGAUAGAGCCUGGCGAGCCCUCUUUCCCGGCGACAGUGGCUCGCCAGGGCGCAUUCUCCAAUUAUGUCGACCGGGCUGCAGGAGCGGAUCAUCCGAGCCGUCCUCCCAGACCUGGCCGUCCAAGGGCUGAGACGAUGCCCUCCCCUUCUCCAGUUCCCUCGUCAUCUCACAGCCACCGAGGGAGCAGGAUUGCCUUACAGAUACCAAGCGCAAGCCAUCGUUACGGCGGGCUUGAGUCGAACAAUGGUGUCUGGACUGCCUUACCUCCCGUCAUGCCCUCGCCAAUGUCUGACGACAGUCAAGAGAUGUCUGUAACAUCUGACGAGAUCAUGUCAUGGGCGAGGCGUUCGCAGCAGCAGGUUUUGCAACGAUAUCAGCCGUCUGUGUUACAGGAAGCGAACGCACGACGUCCUCCGGAUUGGGAAGAACGCAGACGGCUAGAAGUUCGCAGUUACAGUGAUCGUGCUUUGCCUUCGCCUCCGAGCUCUUGGGCCAGCGGAGGGCGAAGAGGAUGAUAUGCGCGACCUUCGCAGCGUUGACUUCCUUCUAUCACAACGAAUAUACACGAUUGCAUGACAAUGUCUCCGGACCUUCAGCAUAUCUCCAUUCAUUGGUGUGGGAGCUGCGUAUCUCAUGCGCCGAAUCGAUGCGUAUAGAUGUCGUGGCUGAUCGAUAUCACAGCAAUGAUGGCGCCCACGUCUGAUCGAGCAAGGCAGGAAGCGUUGAGCGUACGCAGCGGCACUUCAAGCCCAGCGUCAGUCUGCAGCGAAAACACUCCAGAUCGAUCGUGAGCACAGAUCUGCUCCAGAGUACCUUGCAGAAUUCUCCGAAUCGCUCGCAUAUGCAUAUGGCGGCGCUGAACUAUAGUCAUGGGAUCCCAGCCCAGUCGGAGGACGAGCCGGUAUCUCUGACUCGCAUACCAACCUGGUGUGCUUGCAAGCUCAGACUAGUGAAACAUGUGGAGAGCUUAAGUCGUAGCCACCGGCCACAGGUCCGUCAGCUUCACAAGGUUCGA